UGCUUCGUAAAGAGCAGCAUAGCAACGCUGUCCAUCGCUUCCGCAUUGACUGCAGUUCUCUCUGUCAAUGCGGGAGAAUGAAUAACUCUAAAUGUGCCAUUACCCACAAACGACGGAGACCAAUACGCAUCAUACGAUGUAUAUACGUGGUAGGAUUCAUGGACCUCUUUGGGGUCAGUAUGAUUAUCCCUUUGCUGAGUCACCAUGUGAAGUUUCUGGGAGCAAGUCCUACAGUGGCUGGGAUUGUAGGAUCUACCUAUGGAGUAUUACAACUCUUCUCUAGCACUGUUGUGGGAAGUUGGAGCGAUGUGGUUGGGAGGCGCUAUUCACUACUGACGUGCCUAUUGCUCAGUGCCUUUGGAUAUGGCCUGCUGGGUCUGUCCACUAGUAUUGUGCUCUUUGUGCUGGCCAGGAUACCAGUAGGGCUCUUUAAACACUCCCUGUCUAUCUGCCGAGCGCUCCUGUCAGAUCUUGUGUCGGAGAAUGAACGGCCUCUAGUGAUGGGUCACUUUAAUGCAGCCUCAAGUGUGGGAUUCAUCCUGGGACCAGUGGUGGGUGGAUAUCUCACUGAACAUGAGGGGGGGUUUUACUUAUCCUCAUUCGUCUGUGCAGCCAUUUUCCUUCUAAAUGCAGGUUUGGUCUGGAUGUUACCAUGGAGCGAGACAAUAAAUCACCGCAUAGAUGCAAACGCUAAUAGUAAAACCAAAACCAGCAAAACCUACGAUGGGUUAAAGAACUCAGUCCAGCAGUACUGCUCAGACAAAAACCACAUCCGGUAUCCUAAUGCAUCUGCAGUCCGUAGUCAAGCAGAUGGAGGCUGGAGCUGGAGUGACAUGUCUAUCUUCCAGCCUGCCUGGAGACAGUUGACCUCAGUGUGGAUGAGGAUCUGCAUGGUGGCGUCCUCGGAUAUGUGGGACGUGUUCCUGGUGCGUCUUCUAAUGGCUGUAUCUAUAAUGCUGUACUACAGUAACUUCUCCUUAGCCAUGGAGGAGCGUUUUCAGCUCAAACCAAAGAUGACAGGAUAUUUGAUCAGCUAUAGCAGUAUGUUGGGAGCCCUUGCUGGCUGCUUGGUGGGACCCGUAACACACCUCUAUGGCAACAACAUGUCUGCUUUAUUGUUGCACUCUACAGCGCUCACCUGCACAUUGAUCUUCCUGUAUGCCACGGCACCCAACAUCUGGCAGGUCUUGCUCACCUCCACGUUUUUUGCCAUCUCUACCACUAUCGGACGCACUUGCAUCACCGACUUGGAGCUGCAGCGUGGGGGAGCACAAGCAAGUGGGACGUUAAUCGGAGCGGGUCAGUCAGUCACAGCUGUGGGACGGGUCCUAGCACCACUGCUGUCUGGUCUGGCUCAAGAAUUCAGCCCCUGUGGACCUCCUAGUUUGGGGGUCGUGCUGGGUCUGCUAGCAGUGGGUGUGCUACUCGUGAGGACUCCUAAGUGGGACAAUAAGACAAAGGUUAAAGACAAGAGUCCCAAACAAUGAGGUGUAAACCACUCAAAGUGAAGGAAAGAUAAAGGACUGUGAUGGCAGCUGUCUUUUUUUCCUCUCAGGUGAUGUGAUUGUGGCGGUUUGGAUCUGUAUACCAGCUAUAGAAUGUCAGGACGUCAAUGUGAGAAACGGCCGUCGGUAAGGCUGCCUCCUGUGGCGCCAUGCUGAAAGAGAGCGACUGCCUGUGCAAAUGCAGACUGACAGAGUCUGAUGCAAAGUCUACUAAGAUGAAUGUUUAUAUCAGAACAUUGUGCUGUUAAAUGGUUCGACACCAGUGGCAGAACUAGUGUAAAACCAAGGAUAUUCUAUGUCAAAGCAUCAGAAGUGGGACAUUUAUCGUUGAAAAACUUUUAUGUGUGUUUCCUGGCCAAAUUUCACACUAAAAGUCACUUAAACAUAUCAAAGGUAAGGAAUAUGCUUCCAAGAAAUCAAUUUAGCAUUUUAGGGGGGGGGAUAAACUUUACCUCAUUGUGGCAUUGAUACUCGUUUAACCACUAUUUACCAUUGGUGUACUUCAGAAUACUCACUUCCUUUUGUGUUUGAAAAUUAAAAGUCGUACAGUUGCCCAAAAGGCUAGCAAUAAUGUUUUCAAUAAAACUUUUUUGUUUUGU